AUGAUUACAGUUUACUGUAUUAUUGUUAUAUUUUUCAUAUGCUCUGCGGGUCAUGCAAAGUAUUUACCUAAAAAUUCGGAAAUUUGUCAACAAGUAUUAGGUAAUGAGUUGCUUAGUGAGAUUUCAUCUUACAAAAAUGUGAAAGAAGAAAUUUUUAAGUACGUAACAGAAGGAAACUUUAAAGGAAAAACAUAUAAUGAAUUAGCCAAAUUUGUGGAUAAAUUUGGCGCUCGACCUUCGGGUUCUGAAAUAUUGGAAGACUCCAUAGAUUACAUGAUUCAGCUAACACGAGAUGAAGGCAUUAAUGAUAUUUCUACCGAAGAACUAGAGGUUCCACAUUGGGUUCGAGGUAAUGAAGUUAUAACUAUGCUUAAACCUAGAGUCAAAAACAUUGAUUUAUUAGGACUGGGAAGAAGUGUGAGCACACCGGAAGACGGUAUCACCGCAGAAGUCAUCGUUUUCUCAAAUUUUGAAAAAUUAGAAGCCACACCUAUUGACGAUAUAAAAGGUAAAAUUGUACUUUAUGAUCCACCUUUUACAACGUAUGGAGAGACGGUAAUAUAUAGAUUAAGAGGAGCUACAAAAGCGGCUGAAAAAGGUGCUUUAGCAGCAUUGGUAAGAUCGAUUACCCCAUUUUCAAUUAAUUCUCCGCAUACUGGAUCUCAGACGUAUGAUGGCAAUAUAACUAAAAUUCCAACGGCUGCAAUUACUCUCGAAGAUACAGAUUUGAUAAGGAGGUUAUAUAAUCGAGGUGAAACUGUUGUAUUAAAUAUUAAAAUGUCUUCAAGUUAUGAUACUAAAAUUUCACGAAACACAAUUAUUGACUUGAAGGGAAUUGAGAAACCAGAAAAACUAGUAAUUGUCUCUGGUCACAUAGAUAGCUGGGAUGUGGGUCAAGGAGCUAUGGAUGAUGGAGGUGGAUUAUUCAUCAGUUGGGCAGCACCAGUUAUUCUUAAAAAUAUGAAUUUGCGGCCAAAACGAACUAUUAGAUCAAUAUUUUGGACAGCUGAGGAAUUAGGGUUAAUUGGCGCAUAUGCGUAUGAAGAAAAGCAUAGAAAUGAAAGUUCAAACAUUAAUUUUAUAAUGGAAUCAGAUGAAGGCACGUUUGCUCCUCUUGGAUUAGCGGUAGCUGGUAAUCAAGAAGCUAGAUGCAUUAUUGGCGAAAUUUUAAAUUUAUUUACAUCCGUAAACGCUUCUACUUUAGUUGAAGAUGACAGCCCGGGGUCUGAUAUAAAUAUAAUAAUUCAAACUGGUGUACCCGGUGCCAGUCUUCACAAUGCUAAUGAAAGAUACUUCUGGUUUCAUCACACUGCCGGAGAUACAAUGAAUGUUGAAGAUCUAAAGGAACUGGAUUUAUGUGCUGCGUUUUGGACUGCAGUUGCAUACAUUAUAGCUGAUCUUUCAGUUGAUAUACCACGAUACAUUAAAUAA